AGAUGCCGACACGUCCGACUGGGCACAAGUCAUGAGUGUGAAUGUGGCUGGAUACUCGAAUAUGGUACAGGCCUGCUUUCCUCACAUGAAGACAGCCGAACCUGACGCCAGAUCAGUCGUCAAUAUAGCCAGUAACCUCAGCCACGUGGCAUCGGCCAGUAAGUGGACGUACUGUACCAGUAAAGGUGCCGUGCUGGAGCUUACCCGGUGUAUGGCACUGGACUUGGCCAAAGAUGACAUACGGGUGAACUCUGUGUCACCGGGAGCCAUAAAUACGGCAGCGUUCGCAAACUUCAUAUCAGGCGAUGAAGACAAAAAGAGGUGGUUUGAGGGAUGUCACAUGAUGAACCGUAUCGGAGCAUGCGCAGAAGUUGCUGCCGCCAUUGUCUUCCUCUGCAGCAGAGACGCAUCCUUCAUCACGGGCGCCGAUCUCCCGGUAGAUGGCGGGUUCACGGCAGUAGGCCCUGAAAGGCAUGGGAAAGACGGAGCCAAGUUUACGGGCACGAUCCCAGAGUAGAUGCUGCGGCCGUCCUUCACUUAGAACUAGGCCAAGUUUCACUGUGCAGUGGCCCAAAUGGUUCCGACCACGUGCCCAUUGCCCUUCCAUUUUAGAAAAUAGAGGUGAAUCAUCUCGCGACACCACGAAAUUAAAUAGUUGGUAGAAAAUGAAUAGAAAAACGCCAAUAAAAUAACUGGUCCUUCUAUGUUUAAUGCCUCACACGAUACGUUUUGGAUUCAUUUUAAAUAAUCAAUUAUACUCUCUCCAUUCAUACCUUUACAACCAAUAAUGGACUACUUUUUCGUAUUGUAUCUUAUUUUUAAUUGAACCAUGCUUGGUAGUGAGAUGUGUGUAAAAAUAAAAAUGCCAAAUUAUACCAAUAAUAACUAGAAAAGCACUCAGAGA